CCGUGUCCAACACGUUGUUCAACACUAGCCAGCAGUCGUAGUUCGUGUCGGGAUUGUUUUUAGUUUAAUAUUUCUCUAAUUUAGGCCGUUAUUUGCCUAAUUGGUCGACUCUUCCAAAUUGCAAUAAAUUCAGUAGAGCCAUACUUCACGGUUUUCAACGCCGUCGCGUUUCCUUGUGCCCACGAAAGCUAAUUGAAUUACCCACGCACACAGACGCAAGCAACCAUCGCCUGCGUCAUAAGCUAUUUUCGUCGAUAGAUCCAAAAUCCAGAACAUGGACCCCAAACAACAGAAGUCCGAGGAGGAGGUGGCCACCGCAUCCACGCUGCUGGAGGAUCAGCUGGACCUGGACAUGAAACACUGCUUUGAGAACCUGAUUGUGAUCGACGUGGGUGCAAAUUUGACCAACAAAAAGUAUAGCCGUGAUCUGGAUUCCGUGGUUCAGAGAGCCAGAGACGCAGGUGUUCAGAAACUCAUGGUUCACGGCACUUCGGUCAAAUCUAGCAAGGAAGCGCUGCGCCUCUCGCGCAUCUAUCCCGACAUCAUCUACUCGACUGCUGGCAUUCAUCCGCAUGACUCCAAGUCCAUCGUGGAGGAGCCGGCCACGUGGUAUGACCUGGAGCAUAUUGCCCAGGCGCAGGAGUGCGUCGCGGUUGGGCCCUGCGGCCUGGACUACCAGAGGGACUUCUCUGAACCAGACGCCCAGAAGCAGAUCUUCGCCAAGCAGCUGCACCUGGCCAUCCGGCUGAACAAACCUCUGCUGAUCCACGAGCGGUCGGCUCAGCACGACCUACUCGAAAUACUCGACAAAUUCGAGAAUCUGCCGCCUGUGAUCAUCAGAGGUUUCAUGGGCACCGCCGAAGAGGCUCUCAAGUACCUAGAGCGCAGGUUCUACAUUAGCCUGACGGGCUACCUGUGCAAGGACAAAUCGGAUUCAGGCGUGCGCCGACUCUUGGAGGAUGGCACUUUGCCGCUGGACAGACUGCUGGUGGAAACGGAUGCCCCCUUCAUGUAUCCGAAUACAAGGGCUUCCAAGCUGCCGCAACACGUGAAGACUGGUAUCACCGAACGCUCUUUGUUGUACUUACACAGAUAUUGUACCUUCCAACGCAACGAGCCAUGCAGUCUGCCUGCCAUCGUAGAGAUGAUAGCCGCUUUCAUGAAGAAAACUCCCGAUGAGGUGGCUCUGGCCACCGCCUUUAACGCUCUUAAGCUCUUCGGCCUGUCCUAGAAAACGGAAACGGAGUCCCAUGGAACUGAACGACAAAGUGUGCCAACCAGCAGCUUUAAAACCCGUAACACUAUAGAUUGAACGAGCCUGAGAUUUACGAUAGACUCAUACCUAUGUGCCUUAACCACUAAUCGAAUUCAGGAUGAAGCGCUCAUCCUGGUCCCACAUACAUAUACACGCCCACAAAUACGACCCCCCAUUGCAUGCGAAAAGUACGUAUACCUUAUACCUAUAUAUUCAACCCCCUGCCGUAAAGGUGCAAAUUAUCGAACGAAGUUUGCAGGGUCUAUAGCUCUAAGUUGCGGGAAUUUCCCGAGCAAUUGCUUUGAGAAACGGUGCCAAGGUGGUGCCAAGUGGACGCCGUCUCCGGAUUUGCACUAGGCUGGCGCUUCACGCCUCGAAGCGCGCGCUUCGAACUCGCUUUCGAAGCGAGGAAUUUAGAUGUUAAGUGGUGCAGCUUGUCUUCUGUUUGUUUUUCCUGUAUUUAGGUUAGAUUCGUUAUUAUUAGUUCGUGUCCCUUGUUAGCUUGUAAUCGUAUUUUUGUACAUAUUUAUUCUUGUUUGCGACGAUGACGAUGAUGAUUAUGGGAAACGUAAUGUGAUCAUUUAAGAGCUAAAUAUUUAUAUGAUAUUGAACAUACAAACGCGUUAGUUAGGCUAUGAAACAUAUUGAAUAUCGUGCGCCUAUACAUAUUAUAUUUUGUUAUAUUUACAUAUACAAACCGUUGUACUGAACUGAUCGACCCGCGGAGGUUGCAUAAAAUCCGCUUUGUGCCCAUUGUUCGCACACAGACACACUAUUUUCCAUUUGAAUAAAGCGAAUUUGAAACCCAGCAAACAAA